AUGUCUGCUACGAAUCCGUCUACGAAAUCGCCAUUUACGAUGAAUGAGAAGACUCCCACGCCACUACCACUACCGGUGCAGCAGGCGCCUGAGCCGGAGGAUCCCUCUCCUCGCCGCAAGUCUGUCUCAUAUGUGUUAUGGAGGGUCCUGGUGGCGACAGUGCUGCUGUGGGUUGGCUGGGACGCUCUAUCUGGGUUGGGAUAUGGGAUGUUCCGAGCCUUCCGGUACUUCCAUCCCGCUCGCACUCAAGGCCAUAGUCCGGACAUGAAGAUUCUAUCCCAUGGCGAUAUGAGCUGUUUAGAAUGGACUACGUCCACGGAUGGGCCUCACAUCGCACACGCAACCUACGCCAUGCCGCUUGACGCGGGCGCGUAUUUGUUCGACGCCCACCAGUACUCGUGCGCAAGCGGAGAGAUCCGAUUCGUCUCCAAGGCUGAGCCGCGCGAGGAUAUGCUGGUGGAUGUUACCGCUCAAUAUACCGAGGAGUCAGCGAAAUGGCUGAGUAUCACCAAUGUCUGCCAUGUCAGUCAUGAGUUGGGCCAGGGUAUGGUGUUAAUGCCGAAGACGAAGUUCCAGCAUAGCUGCGCGUGCAGUAGCAACCCGAUACAGUACAACAUCACCGUUCAUGUACCCGCCGGUGCCAACAUUCCCUUGCUGAAGACCAACAUGGCUUCCUUCGCACAUAACUUGGAAGGGCUGUCCAGCGAUGUGACACUCGGUGCAGUUCGCCUUGUCGGUUCAUCGGCUGUAAUCAAGGAGAUCAAGGCUGACUCUGUAUCGUUCAACGUGGACAACACGGCUAUCACGGGCUUCUACAACGUCACCUCGUCUCUUGAGCUCAAGACAACGAACGCGCCCAUCGACGUUGAAGUCGAUGCGUAUGGUCACCAUCCCGUCUGGAUCCGCCUCAUCACCACGAACAACAAGAUUGAUGCCGACGUCUCUCUGUAUGAAGUCUCACGUCACGGCCGGUUCGAUGUCUUCGCCAAGACUACAAACGGAGAAGUGAACGUGGACAUUCUGGAGAGCCCUGUUGGCGGCAUCGUCAAGGCCGACGCUAUAACAACCAACGCGCCUGCGAGGCUCGCACUCGGCCCUGCGUUCGAGGGCGAGAUUGCUGCUCAUACGUCGAAUGCGCAGGCAUUGGUGGACCGUACGCCCUCGGAGGAUCCUACCGGUGAGGGUCGUGAGCGCACAAUCGAGCUUGGCCAUGUUUGGGAGACGGGCUUCCGCGGGUGGACGUCGUGGAGUGCAGGUCGGAAGUCGUUGAGGAGUCGUGCGCGGGUCUCAUCGACAAACAAGCCCGUGGUGCUUGCAUUUUAG